AUGGUGCAGGCCCAAAUGAUGGCGUCUGAAUACAAAAAGCGCGGCGGUGGCUACAACACCACAAAGGAAGAAGGCCAAACGGAGCCUCAGAAGCAUCUCGAAAACUGGACAAAAGAGGAAUGGCAGACCAAGGAGGGUUCUGGGACGGCAAGACAGGAUGACGACUCGCGCAAACGGUACUUGCCUAAGAAAGCGUGGGAUCAGCUGAGUGAGAAGGAAAAGGAGGAGACGGAUGAGAAGAAGGUUGAGGAGUCACAAGGCGGGAAGCAGUUUGUUGGCAAUACAACCAAGGCAAAGGAGGCGAGGCGGAAGGUCAGUUCUGAUGUUAGGGAUGAUGGUGAUGUUGGGGAUGAUGAUGCUGGGGAGGAUGAUGCUGGGGAAGAUGAUGCUGGGGAGGAUGAUGCUGGGGAGGGUGAUGCUGGGGAGGGUGAUGCUGGGGAAGAUGAUGCUGGGGAGGGUGAUGCUGGGGAAGAUGAUGCUGGGGAGGGUGAUGCUGGGGAAGAUGAUGCUGGGGAGGGUGAUGCUAGGAAGGGUGAUGCUGGGGAGGGUGAUGAGGUGGAGGACGAUGAGGCUGGUGCUGAGGCUGGGGAGGAGGGCCAGAAAGGCCAGAAAGGCCAGAAAGAUUCGAAGAAGGCUCGAGAGACUGGCGAGGCUGGUCAUAAGGGCACGACGAAGACCGAGGAGAAAACCGACGACAAGGAAAGCGGCACGGGAACCAAGCGCAGUGCGAAACAGGAUGCAUCACCAAAUAAGAAACAGAAGGACAGUGCCAGGAUGCAAAGUCUGCGAAAGAGAGCGUGA